CUACUGCCUAAGUGAAUAAUCGCCUGCGACUGCAAAUGCCUCGAAAGCACUUCCCACCCUAGUGCUUCGAGACAAGAUUCAUCGAAUUACCUCUCCAUGGCUGUGUGCGCUUUAAGCCACUGCCAAAAUUGUCAUCACCUUGUGUUCAUUCACUCCUUCAGCCUGUGACACCGCUGACAAUAGAAAAACACCUUGCUAAGAGACCAUGUCUGAGGAGAUACCAAAUGUCCUCCUGGAGACUGCUGUGCGGGACCAGGAUGAUCUAGAAAGAGAUAUCGGCCGGCAGGCUGAUCAGAUGCUCACUGAGCAGGCGGACGAACGAGACAAGAAGCGCCUCGAGAAGACACAGCUUGAGAAAAGUAGACUGACUGCACGGACUCGACAACUUCGUGCUCGCCUCGGUCAACCGGCUAACUCAAACAUCAAGAAUAAGAUCCGAUCAGAUAUCGCAGACUUAGAAGUCAAGCUUGACCAUGCGGACAAAGAGCUCGCCCAGAUACAGACCAGGAUCGAAGACAGACAUCGCGAGUCCAUAGACGUUCCUGAACAAGAUGCAGGACAUUCUGGCCCACUACCAAACGAAUCCCGAAGGGAGUUCCUAAUUCGUACCGGCAAGAUUACACCAUUCUCCAAGAUUGCGCAAAUACCCAAGGUCUCCGCAAGCUUGACCGAUGUCAUGUUGGAUGCUGAAGCGAACGAUGAUGAGGAUGUCCUGGUUAACGAGACAGAAGUCGAGGCUGCUAUUGCCCCCGUGUCACAUAGAAACCUGUUGCGCCCUGGAUUUCGAGAUGAAAAGGAUGAGAACGUUGGGGAAGAGGAGGACUUUAUUCCAGGAGAUGAUAGUGAAGCAGAGGACGAUAGCGACGAAUAUAUCGAAGUUCCAGGCUCGCACAAGAGGAAGCCUGCAAGCAAGCGUCACACAAAACUAGAUGAGGUGGAGGAUUUGGCCGGAGUGGAUGAUGGGAAUGAAAGACUGUAUCAAAACCGACUACAAAAGUGGGCGACAGCGAGGAGAGCUGCUCGGAAAAAAGCACGGUGUGAAUUGACCUCUCAGGAGGAUGGGCAAGAAGACAUUGGGGAAGAGCUGAAUGUCGAAGAUGAGUGGCACAACCCACAUCCGACGAGACCUGAUGCCGACCUGGGAGGUGGCUACAGAGUUCCUGGAGACAUCUAUCCUUCUCUGUUCGACUACCAAAAAACAGGCGUGCAAUGGCUCUCUGAGCUGUACUCGCAGCAGGUAGGAGGGAUCGUGGGCGAUGAGAUGGGCUUGGGAAAGACAAUUCAGAUCAUAUCCUUCGUGGCGGGCUUACACUAUUCGAAGAAGCUCACGAAGCCUGUCAUAAUUGUAGCGCCAGCAACAGUCAUGAAGCAAUGGGUCAACGAGUUCCAUCAAUGGUGGCCAGCAUUACGUGUCUCUAUCCUCCAUACCUCCGGGAGCGGCAUGAUGGACGUGAAGAGGGAGAGCCAAAUAGAGCGUGACCUCGAGGAUGACCGCUAUCGAGGCUCUACCAAACGCCUUACCAAGGCUCAGAAAGCAGCUAAAAAGAUCGUGGACCGUGUCGUUAACGAAGGUCAUGUCUUAGUCACCACAUAUACAGGGCUUCUCACGUACGCAGAGUUGUUGGUACCCGUCAACUGGGAAUACGCUGUCCUAGACGAAGGCCACAAGAUUCGCAACCCAGAAACGACUGUCGCAUAUCAUUGCAAAACACUACAAACCCACAAUCGUAUCAUCUUGUCGGGAACGCCUAUGCAGAACAACCUUACUGAGCUCUGGUCACUCUUCGAUUUCGUCUUUCCAAUGCGCCUUGGAACACUACCGAGUUUCAGACUCCAAUUCGAACACCCAAUCAAGCAAGGAGGAUAUGCAAAUGCGUCAAAUCUACAAGUUGAAACCGCGAUGAAGUGUGCAGAGACUUUGAAGGAGACAAUCAGCCCAUAUCUCCUCCAGCGUUUCAAGGUCGACGUCGCAGCGGACUUACCGAAGAAGAGCGAGCGUGUUCUGUUUUGUAAGCUUACCAAGAUACAAAGAGAUGCAUAUGAGUUCUUCCUCAAAUCAGAAGAUAUGAAAUCAAUUCUUUCUGGGAGGAGGCAAGCGCUUUACGGUGUGGACAUUCUUCGCAAGAUCAGUAAUCAUCCGGACCUGGUCGACCACAAGAAAUUACCACAGAAGGUCGGGUACGACUACGGUAGCGGUGUUAAGUCUGGAAAGAUGCAAGUAGUGAAAGCGCUGCUCGAGAUGUGGAAGAAGAAUGGACACAAGACGCUACUGUUCUCUCAACAGCGCAUCAUGCUUGACAUACUUCAAAAGUUUGUCAGGAAGAUGGACGGCGUUAAUUUCCUGCGUAUGGACGGUACAACGGACAUCAAGGAUCGACAACGGAUGGUCGACCAGUUCAACACCGAUCCCGAUUUACAUGUCUUUCUUCUUACUACUAAGGUCGGAGGAUUGGGAGUCAACCUUACAGGCGCUGAUAGAGUAAUCAUAUUCGACCCCGACUGGAAUCCGUCAACUGAUGUACAAGCCCGGGAGCGUGCAUGGAGGCUGGGUCAGAAACGAGAAGUUGAGAUAUAUCGUUUAAUGACAGCGGGCACGAUCGAAGAGAAGAUAUAUCAUCGCCAGAUUUUCAAGCAAUUUCUAACAAACAAAAUUUUGAGAGACCCAAAACAGCGUCAAACAUUUCAGCUCCGCGAUCUUCAUGACUUGUUUACCCUAGGAGAUGAACAGCCGGAAGGGCAAACAGAGACUAGCACUUUAUUCCAAGGCACCGAAGUCAGAUUCAAGGAUAAGCAAGAAGCGAACAAUGACGGCGCACCGAUAGAAGACGUCAAACCAGGCUCACAAUUGGAAACAGGUCCAUCUAAUGUGGACAAGAUAUUUGCCGUCGCACGACAUGAAGACUAUCGAACAGGAGAGUCAUCUGCUACCACACCAGAGUCGUCUUCGAAUGUUACAGAAGCUGAGCUCAAGCCUGUGAGCGACGUCAAAGACCAGCGCCUUCUGUCCACAAUUUUCUCGAGAUCUGGGGUCCACUCCGCUCUUGAGCACGAUGCAAUCAUCGAAUCUGGGGCUGGGAACAGGAGAAAGAAGGUCAAAGCAGAUCCAGAAGUGAUUGCCAAAGAGGCAAAACGGAUUGCCGCCGAAGCUGCUGAGGAGCUCAGACGUGCCGGUGAAGUUGCUCGAACAGUGCCAAUUGGGACGCCAACGUGGACUGGCACGUUUGGUGAUGGUGGACGACCUCCGGACCCGCGAGGACGAGGACGAGGACGAGGGGGCAUCGGGAGCGGUCUUGGAUCUAGCUCGAUCCUGUCAAACCUCUCAGCGCGAAAUCCCACUCAAGCAGGGCCAAGCCAGUCUGGCUUGACACGAAAUGGCACUGGUAUGCGUGACGAGAGCAAGCCUCGAGGGCGAGCGUUCAUUAAAAUGAUCCGUGACUACAUCAUGACUCAUGGAGGCAGUGUGUAUACGCAGAAUCUCAUUGAUCACUUUGGUCGGUACUGCACAACGGAAAGCGAAACAGCGGAGUUCAAAGAGAUGCUUCGACAGAUUGCGACACUGCAGAGAGGAUCUAGGGGUAGGGGUCGAUGGAUAUUGAAGGACGAAUACAAAGGGACAGCUAGGGUAGGAACGAGUUGAAAGUGACAUGUAGUGACUCUGAACAGGGGGCAUUUUCUUGACUUGCAUUUGAAGGAGUAUUGCAUAUACCGGAGUCUUGAGUUGUAUGAACUCGAAUUCGCAUUAUCAGUGGUCACACACUCGAACAGGACGAGUGCGGAUAGCUUAAAGCACGUAUACAGAAGAUAAUGGCGACAGUAUGUUGAGCAUUAUCUUAUCCACCUCAUCUGGCAUUUGAUCUUACCAGGAACUGUUGUAUUAUAAUG